UUCUAGAUUUCGUCACUGUUUUUCCUCGUUUGUUUUCCUCUCACUUCUCCUCUUUAUCUUUUUACCUCUAGACUUUCUCUUCUGUCUUUGCCUUCCUAACAAUUCUCAUAUAACUUACGUCUCACGUACGCCCCCCUAUAGUAGACGACAUCCUCACUACACAACCAACGUGUCGUUUCCACGCCUUCCUAGAUCUUUUCCAAACCUCCGAACGGCACCCAACAUGUCGUGGUUGGGUCGAUUUAAUCCCACACCCACGUUUCCAGCCUACACUGGCCCGUAUAAGGUGGGAUCUGUCGAUGUCGAGACACCGACGUCGAAUCUAUCCUCUCCACACGACCCGUCCCAAUCGCCACCAUGUCCGGACAUCCCAACCGUCGCGUUCCGCAUGUUCUACCCAGCGAAGGCAGAUAGCAACCAGCGGGGCGUGAAAUGGAUACAUAACCCACAAAGAGAGGUUGUGAGUGCGUAUGCGAAGUUUCUUGGUGCGGGGAAUGCGCUGGCAAGCCUAUUCAGCAUGUUUCCCCAGACACUUUACUUUGUGGAUAUACCCGUACAUACGAAUGCUCAAAUGCUCGAGCCUCCAGCAGAGACAAAACGAUGGCCUGUCAUGGUGUUUUCACAUGGAUUAGGAGGUUCACGAAACGCAUACUCUCACAUUUGUGGAUCGCUGGCGAGUCACGGAAUCGUGGUAGUUGCACCAGAACAUCGGGACGGUAGUGCGCCCAUAAGUUUCGUCCAUACUCCAGACGAAAAAGAAAAGAUUCGACGCAUCGGUUACGUCAAAGUACCACACUCGGCAUCUACAGAAACAUACGAGGCGCGAGACAAACAACUCAGAACCCGACUGUGGGAGAUUGGCCUGAUCCACGACGCACUCCUCAAAAUGGACGAAGGCGUCGCCCUGCGAAUGGUUGCAGAAGGCACCUCCAAAAAAUCCUCCAACGAUACUAAACUCCCCAUGUUCGCCCACGCCCUCAACGUUCACGAACCAGGCGCCAUCUCCUUCGCAGGCCACUCCUUUGGCGCAGCAACAAUGGUUCAACUCGCGAAAUCAAUCUACUACAACCCAACCACACACCAGCCCCCACCCUCCUAUAAACCCCUCUACGCCCCAUCCUCGUCCUCCCCACUCCUCAAACAAAUCACUCCCCGUACCCCAGUCAUCCUCCUAGACCUUUGGUCCCUCCCCCUCGACUCCCCGUCAACAACCUGGCUCCACGCCAAACCAAUGCCUUGCUACGCCUCUGACAACCCCACGGGCGGAUCAACCCUCCUUGCCAUCCUCUCAGAAGCCUUCUUCAAAUGGACCACGAACCUCAACCAAACAAAGCGCGUUUUAUCCAAACCUUCCUCCGCGGACCCCUCGCAACCAGGCCCCCACAUCUUCUACCCCAUCCACUCUGCACAUCUCUCGCAAAGCGACUUUGGAGUCUUGUUCCCGUGGUUGACGACCAAAGUCCUGGGCGCAAAAGAACCCGAGAGAGUGUUGAGGUUGAAUACUAGAGCUGUGCUGCAGACUUUGAGGGAUGCCGGGGUCAAGGUUGCGAGGACUAGUGUGAAGGAUUUGGAGCUUGAGGGGGAGAAGGUGGACGAGGUGGAGGAUGAUAAGGAGAUCUUGGGGACCAGGAAGGAUGGGGUUAGGGGGUGGGUUUGUUUGAGUGCCGAGGUUGAAGAGGAGGGCGAGAAGAAGGGGGAUGAGGCGAAGGAUGUGGGGUUGGGUGGGCAGGCUGGUGGUGUUGGUGGUGUGUGA